AUGGAAAAGUUUAAGGAAAAAAUCAACUCGCUUCGCUCCGAAGCCGAUGCAAAUGCUCAACGAGCUGAAGAUGCUGAAGCCGAAUUGAAAAAGGCCAAAGAAGAAUUAAUCGCCAAAGAUCAAGAAAUCAUUUCGCUUAACAACAAAAUCUCGCUUUUGGAUGCCGAACUUGAACGUAAAGAUAAAAAAAUUGAUGAUCUUAAAUCCGCAAAAGAAGAAGAGGAAUCCACUUCUAAUACUACCGAAGCUCUUCAACGAAAAGUAUCUUUACUCGAGAAUGAAUUGGAUAAUACUGAAAAGAAUUUGAGAGAAACCACCGAGAAACUACGACAAACAGACGUUAAAGCCGAACACUUUGAGCGUAAAUGUACGUCCCUUGAAUCCGAAAAGGCCGAUUUAGAAAAGAAAUGUGAAGAAAAAGAAGAAGAUCGUAAAAAGUUACAAGAAGAGUUGGAUACCACACUAAAACAAAUCGCUGAUAUUUAA